AUGCACACCAAACUCCGAGAAGCGGAACGAAAACGCACACGCGCGCUCAAAGAGCUCGCCGACGCUCUCGCAACCCUUUCUCCCGACUCUGCAUCACCCGCUAAUAGUGCCAACGAGGAGGACGACUUUCAAGCUUCUGGGGAACUGCCGCGCUUGUCUGGUCGUAAGGAGGAGGACGUUCAAGCUUCUGCUAGCUCUAGGGAACUACUACGAUCCGCCAAAUCGGUGUCUGAUCGUAAGGAGGAGGAGGACAUUCAAGCACCUGCGCCCUCUUCUUCUUCUUCUUCUGCCUUACCACGAUCGGCCAAGCUGAUGUCUGGUCAGAUCCCACCCCCACCACCCGCAACUUCUGCAACCGAGAAUCUCCUCUCUUCCGCGCUCGCUGAGCUAGAUGUCUUGUCUCCAGAGGAGAAUCCCAAGAAGUAG